UAAUAUUAGAAUUAUCAGCAGCAGUUUCUAGCUAUUAAAAAAUGUUAUUACACGAAAACGAACCGUUAAUAACCCCUUGGUGAAAACAAAAGAUUCCAAGGGUUCCUGAACGCCUCUUAGGUCUCUCAGCCACUCAGAGCGUCGUUUCUAUCGACAACAGGAAACGAAAUGGAUCAAGGCAGCAACAAGCGUCCUUGGAGAUGUUACAAAUACAAUUAAGUUUCGUGAUUUUGCCUCAAUUCAUGUCCACCAUGCACCUCGUGUAUUAGACACAGUGUAGGAAAUUGGUACAGAGGAUUUUGGAAGUUACUAUGACUGCAGCUGCCAUGGUAGGAGACCAGCUGAUUCUUGAAGAGGACUAUGAUGAAAAUUAUGUUCCUUCAGAGCAAGAGAUCCACGAUUAUGCAAGAGAGAUUGGCAUUGAUCCGAAAAAUGAACCGGAGCUCAUGUGGUUGGCCAAGGAAGGUGUAAAAGCCCCACUACCCCCUGAAUGGAAACCUUGCCAGGAUGUGACGGGGGACAUUUACUAUUUUAACUUCUCAACGGGCCAGUCCACCUGGGAUCAUCCUUGUGAUGAGCACUAUCGCCAACUUGUGGUCCAGGAGCGAGAGCGUGCCAAGAUUGCAUCUGGACGUUUGGGAGCUACAAAAGAUAAAGAUAAGAAAAAGAAGAAGGAAAAAAAGGAGAAGAAAGAAAAAAAGAAGAAGGAUACUCUCAAGAGCUCUGAAGCGCUCAGUUCUACUCUUCGACCAUUAUCGUCCCCCUUGGGUAGUCUUGCCCCUCUCAGAGGUUUAGAUGCCCCUGGACUGGCACCACUCCCUGGGUCUGCUCCUGCUCUUCGACGAUCACUCGGUACUUCUGGCGGUCUGGAACCCCUCAAAACAGGUCUUCGAAGCAAUGGGGCAGCAAGUGUUUUGGGCAGCAGGCAGGAGGAAAGAGUAUCACUUUCCCUUCCUGGCUUUGAUGAUGAUGACGAUGAUGCUGAUGGUGGUUAUAUUGGAGGAGACAAAACACCCAAGAAAAAGCUAAAUGCUGAUGCUGGCUCAAAUCCGCUGUUGAAGAACAUAUACAUGGAUCUGGAUAACCUGACCGGUGGUCAGCAGUAUGAGGACAGUGAUGCCAGCAGUGCUGUUCCAGUUGAGGAGAGGACAGAGCCAGAACUGCAAGACUUGGCACUCUCUGGAGACCACAGUCCAGAGCCUCCAUCUCAGCAGGACCCUUUGAGGGGCCGACACGUCCACCUGUCCCUUCUGACGGACCACAGAAGCCUUGUCAGUGAGGCAGGGGCUGGUGCUAUCAACCCUGAGCAUUCCCUGGAACAAGAACUAGCAGAUGAUGAGAUAAAAAAGCGGGACGUUGAGAAAGAGGAAGUUGAUAGUGAAGAUGAAGUGAAGAAGAAUUGUGCUGGGGAAAACAGAAGUUUUAGUUGUGAAGAGGAGGACAGAGUAGACCACGUCAGCAGAACUUCAUUCUCUUUCAAGCACAGAGAGGAGGUGCGAGAGAGUAAGGGGGAGACACCCAGUGGUGAAGAGGAAGAGAAAAGCAAAGCUGUAGAAGGAAAGACAGAAGACGUGGAAAAAGCUGUGGAAAGUGCUCUGAUUCUGUGUAAAGAGGGAGAUCUGGCUGAUCAGGGGGACAGCCUGAAAGGGAAAGAUCGCUCACAAACGGAUAUAAAUUUCCAGAACGUUAAAGUAAGGAGCGAUUUUUUUGAGCAACUUCUAAGCAGCGAGGAGGCUAAAUUUGGCAGCGAGAGAAAGGGGAUCAAUAGACAAUCCCUCGCAGAGGAAAAGCUUGUAGAAAAAGACGUUGAAGUUGUAAGUGAGGUGGACUUGGAGAGGUGCUCCCUUAGUCGGAGGAAGCAGGAAGAGGGUGAUGAAGAAGCGUUACAAAUGUCUGAUCCGAGCAAUCCAGGACCAACAGAGGGGGAAGGGACGGAGCUAGAUGAGGAACCAGAUGCCCAUAAGCUCCCAUCCGAGAAUGAGGAAGAGGUCAUCCGUGUUUUUGAGACGGAAAUGGUCCAGUCCACCAAGAUGAGCAAGAGAGUGAUGCUACGUGACCUUAAAAAUGCUGGAAAUAUGAAGAGUCUGACAGAUAGCAGUGCUCUGGAGGAGGAGUCAAAGGGCAGCGAUGUUGAAGAAUUUUCCUCCACUGGAGCGAAGUUGUCAGAGAAAGCUCUGGACAUCAAUGACUUAUCUCCGGCUGUGAGUCCACUGCACACAGACGACAGAGAGGAUGGCAGACAUGCAGGGUUGCAACGGAAGAAAGCAGAAGCUCCUCAACGAUUCAUGAAUAUGGCACGCAAAGAACAAAGUCCAGCUCCAAAUGUUGACCGACUGGUCCUGCAUCAGACCUGCUCCUCUCCAUCUCUCUCCAGUCACUCCCUCUCUGAGCCAGUCCUUAAACAUCUACCCAAGGCUGAAGCUCACUACAGUGCCUUGAGCCUGCAGAGGCCUGAAACCUCUCGAGGUAGGCCGGCCCAUAUUUGUAAAGAUAAUGAACCUGACAUCCAGCUUUCAGAAGAAGAAGAAGAAGAGCCUGAGUGGGGAUUAACAGCAAGCAGAAGUGGUGACAAGCAGGAAGAAGAUGAGAACAUAAGCGAAGGGUUCAGGAGUUUAAGGAACGUUUGUGAUGCCAAGAAGAGCGAUAGAAGAAAAGCAGAACAGGAACUUGAGGAAGAGAGGAAGCGUUUGAAGGACGAGAAGCAAAAUAAGAUUUCUGAACUGCAGAAACAGCUUAAGGAUGAACUGCAAGAGGAAGAGAAAAGGUUAAAGGAAGAAAAUCAGAAAAUUCUAAGGGAUCUACAACUGCGUCUCCUCGCUGAAAGGAGUGAGGAGGAGAGCAGUCUGCGUGAAAAGUCUAAUAGGAUGCUGGAAGAAUAUAAAGAGUCUCUCCAGAGGGAACAACAAAAAGUCAGGGAGGAAUUUUGCAAAACACUGGAGGAAGAACGUGCAGCUGAGUGUGACAGACUGAAGGCUCAGAAGGAGAAGGACAUUGAGCUCCUGAGGACGGAGUCGGAAGCAGAGCUGCAAGCGGAGAGGAAGAAAAUCCUGAAGGAAAAGGAGGAAAAAGUAAAGGCCUUAAAUCAAGAGGUCAAGAGUGCAGACUGUAGGAGGGAACCGAUGAGUCCGCGACCUGAGCUGCAGUUGGCCAGCUAUCACAAAGAGCUGGGUGAGGUGCUUCAGGAGGUGCGGGAGGAAGUGCAGCGUGAACAUGAGAGGAAGCUAGAGCAACUGAGAGAAGGCCAUGGAAGAGAGAUGAACAAAGUCAGAGAGGAAAACAUGGAUGAGAGGGAGCGCUUGCUUUCGUCUCAUCUGAAGGAACGAGAAAACCUGCAAACAUCGCACAGCAUCCACCUGGAGAAACUUCGCUUACAGCUCGAAACUCAAAUACAAGCGUUACAGUUGUCACACUCAGAAAAGGAGUCAGACCUUCAGGAUCGAGCCAGUCAGUUAGAGCUAAGAAGGAAAGAGCUGCAGAGCCAGGAAGAUCUUUUUCAGAGCAAGAUGGCGGAUUUAAAGAGGAGGAGGUUGAAGCUGAUGGCUGAUGAAGAUGAGCUGAACAGAGAGACUGAAUUAAUGUGGGAAAGAGACCAGCUGAAGCAGGAGCUAGAGAAGGUAAGGGAGGAGACGUCUCAAGCCAGAGAACUCUUGCUUAAAGCAAGGGAGGAGAGCAGCAAGGAGGAGAAGAGGCUGAUCCAGGAGAGACACCAGCUGAAGCAGGAGAUGGAGAGGGCGAGAGAAGAGAGUUCUAAGACCAGAGAACUUCUUCUUAAAGCCAAGGAGGAGAGAAGUGAGUCCAAGCUGGAGGAGAAGAGGCUGAGACUGGAGAGAGACAAAGCCAGAGUGGAGAGCAGGAAAUUCAGGGAGGAGAAGGAGCGGCUGGAGAGCAAGGUGGCACGGCUGCAGGAGAGAUGUGACCGUCUCAGAGUCAGUCCACUGGAGGGUCAAGACAAAAAGAUAGCCUUCAGUCAAGAGCAGCGUUUCACAACUAAAGCCUCGGUUACAUCGCCCUCUAGUGAGUGGAAGGAGACAUUGCUUCGUGCGGACAACCUGGAGGAGCACCCACUUUCCCCUGUGCCUGACAGCCACAGCAGCGUUGAUGAACUGAAGAUGUACAUCUCCUCCCACGGUGAAUCCAUCCAAAAACUCAAACUCUUCCUGGAGAAGGAGAACAGGAGUCUCACUGAGAGACAGGCAGCUCUGCAGGCAGCUCAGACCAGCUCCUCUCAAGACCCCAACCUGCAGGAAGACCUUGCAGAGGAGAUCAUGAAGAACCUCGAGGAGGAGGUCAGAAAUGUGGAGCAGAUGCAGCGGACGGUCCAGAGAGGAAAUGAUCUGCUCCAGAGAAAAGAGGAGCAACUGCAGCGGCUGGAGAGCUCGUUGGUGGAGGAGUUGGUGGUGGAAGGUUUGCCGGGGACAGCUGGAGAGAGGAAGGUGAUGUUUGAUGUGACGGAUUCAGACCUCAGCACGUUGGAUCAUACAGAUGGGACAGCCCGUCCUGCAGUUCCCGCCGAUAUCCAGAGAUUGGCAGAGUCCCUCCAGAGACUCACCAGCGAGUUCAACGCUGUCGUGGGCUCCCUAUAUCCACAGAGCCAGAGUUUUGCACCGGUCUCCAGCGUUCCUCUGCAGGGGUCUUACUCUCACCCCAGCUUGACUCCCGCCUACACGCUUGGCCCGUCCCCAUCUCGCCAACUUUCAGAGAAGGCCUGGAGCUCCUCUGUGGCUGCGCCUCUCUACAGCACCCCCAUCAGCAGUGCCCUCAGAGCCUCCAAUGACCUGGCCAUCAGCAGAUGGAGCCAGAUCUUCCCUGGAGCUGCCCUGGGUCCAGUGGCCCCCGGGAGCGUGAGAAGUUCUUCAGGUUACUCCUCAUUCACCACAGCCACUGAUCCUGGACCGAGCCGAGCAGCUGUGUUGAAGUCAGUGGAGCUGGACAGUCAGAGGCUGCAGGGGCAGAUCGACAGCAACGUCAGAUGGCUGGAGAUGCGCAAGAAAGACGCUAGCUCAAACCUCUUCCCUCACUAUCAGGCUCCGGCCACCAAGAGCCACCUGGUCCAGUUGGGCCUGGACGAAGUCCAGCAGAUUCGGGUGUACCAUUACUGAGGCCACCAGGGAGUGAGCAGACUCGACAAUCAUCACAUGACAAGCCUGCGUCUUCACCGUCUUCUAGCACAAUGGUCUUCUGGGAAAGUCCCGCCCUCCCUCCUGUGACCGGAGUAAAGUGAUGACAGUGCAGGAUUUGGCAAAUCAGGGAAACCACGUGUCAGCGGCCGAGGACUUUCCUCCUCCAGCCGGGCUGAACUUUCACAGCACUUCUGUUUACACAUCAUUGAUCCACCUCUGCCAAACUGUGUUCCCCUGUGUGUCACAAUCAUGUCAUGCGACCGUUACACAUCAACCGUUUCAUUUAGGUCUCACAUGAUGUUUAUGAAUUUUAAGUGUUCCGUUGGUGAGAUCCGAGAGAACAAAGGUCAGCGUUUAACGUUCACGUUGCCCCUGUUGUUUCAGUCUCGUGUCUUGUGUAAAAGUAUAUUGGUGCUAUAGACACUUACAGGUGGUUUACAUUUCAAGUUAGAUGUUUUUUGGCCAACUCUUUCAAAACUAUUUUGUGUAUUCAUGUACUUGUGUAAACAUGUAUUUUUCUAAAAAAAAUAUUUUA